CUGUGGCUGUGCAAGUAUGUGGCUGAGUAAUGGGCAUUGUUAGUUCUGAGUACAAUCACAUGGAACUUGCUCGAGUCGAGUGAGUUUGCCUCCCCCACAUCCGAAUCAAAGGCAGCUUUUGGCGCGUGCGGCUCGUAGCUUCCAAGCACAUCUAUGUAGCUGCCUACUUGCCUUGUAGACCUCUCUUGAUCCCACUUUCUUCAAAAAGACGAAACCUGUGAUUUUGUGCCAUUUCUUGCUCGAAAAGCAUCCUUUUGUGAAGUCUGCAAUUUCUUAGGAAGGAGUCGAGUCGGUCGCUACUCGCCACAUCAGCCGCACAUCACCACCAUGCCUGCACCGCUGGCAAAGGGGAUUUUAAUCUCCCUGUCUAUACUCGCCGCCGUCGGAAUAGCGGUGUACGAAAAUCCUCAAGUCAAAGAAUGGGUGGAAGAUCAACGACGCAAGAUAACGGAAUUCCUCCGCACCUUUGGGGAUUCACUUGAUCCCCAGACCCGACGCGAGGCGGAAGCAUUUGCCUAUGAGGGACGCCUACCAAACCAAACUCGAGAAGAGGCUGCAGGAACAGCGAACGCCGUCGCCAGAGCCACUGGAAGAGAAACAACAGACGACUCGAUCAGCAGACGAAACAGGACAAGUCAUGGCCCGCAGAGCCCCGAUGAAGCCGAGGAAAGAAGACGGCUGGGUAGAGAGUAUUUGGCCAAGAGAAAUCAAGAGAUGCUGGACCUGAAAGAGAGACAGAAGAUGAGGAGGAGCACAUCGGACCUAUCGGAGAAGACACCUCCUUCGCCAACCUUUGACCAACUGGUGAACGUCGACGGGUCGCUGAAGAUGAACGAGAAGGACUCGCAAGACUCGCAACAGGAAGAGGAAGAGUUCAACGAGAAAACUCUCGACCUUCCGUCAGUGCCCACUGACGAGCCAAAAUCUCUUCGAAGCAUCCCCAUCCAAGAGGCCGUCAUGGAGACAGCCUUCAACACCGGCUCUCGCUACGCAAACCCCUUCGGCGACGAAUUCGAACUCUCAGGCACAUUAGACUCACGCUCACCGACACCGAAGCCUCCAGUACCACCCAAGAUUGCCAUCGAAGACACCAACAGCGUCCGUAAAUUCUAUGAAGAGCAGUUGGUCCGCGCCAUGUCUAUCAGCUUAGCAGAAAGCGAAGAGGCCGCUCGUCAAGCUCGCGCCCUAGAGCAAGAGCAGCGCGAGAUGGACUUUGCCGCCGCCGUAGCUGCCAGUCUCGCCGAUGUCGAGAAGAUGAGGCAGAAGGAACAAGAGUCCGAACAACUCAUCAACCUCACACCUGACCCACCGAUCUCCGUGCCUACUUCCGAAUUCGAUGCCGACGAGCUGUACACCCUCUCGCCUAACCUAGCUACACGUCGUGCUGUCCCAGCACCCUUCCCCAGCCACAUGGUUAUCCCACCCUACGAUCCCGUCCACGAAGCCGCCGAAGCCUCUGUCACCUCUCCUCAACAACACUCCCAAACACCUCUACCCCAACACACUCCCACCACCGCCACCUUCUCAUCUCCCGAAAUCGAACGCGACGCCAUCUCCUUUUCCUCCGCCUCUUCCACAACCGACGACUUCGCCUCCGCCCCUGCUAGCGUCGCAGCCAGCGAAAUGAGUCUGAUCGACUUUUCCGAGGUCGAAAGUGUUGACAGCGGUGACGAGAGCGAGCCAGAAGGUGUCUUGACCCCCGGUAGCUGGACGGAUGUCGGCAGUGAUGUCGGUAGUGAAGAUCAGGAGGACCACAGACUUGCUUGAUAUACCCACUGAACCUCCCUCUCUUCCCUACGAUACUUCUUUCUCUCUUCCUCUACUUGGCUCGGUUCUU